AUGCAGCUUCAAAAAUCUCUACUUAUUUCAUUUGUGCUUUUUAUCAACGGAGUAACUAGUAGUCUUCUAGCAUUUACCAAUGUUUUAUUGAAACGUAACGAAGCACAGCAUUGUUGUCACAAACAUGGAAUGACACUGAUGGCAAUAAAGAAUGAAAAGGAACAAAAGUGGAUGGAGGAGAAAUUCCUGCCAGUUUUAGGCGAAUCUGGAACAUUUUGGAUUGGUGUAUUCAGUGAUGACACUACAACAGAUGUAUACGAUGCUAGUAAACAGGUAUAUACAUGGUCAAACUGGUACGAGCCUUCUCUAUCGUCAGAGAACAAUGGCACUGAUGGGUCUGUUCAAUUUAACUCAACAGUAUGUGUCACAGGCGAUUUGAGUCAGUCCCUCAAAUGGGUGGUAACAAACUGCGACGAGCGUCAUCCAUAUGUCUGUCAAACCUUCGACGAAGCUGUAACAGAAGCUGUUGAUGUGGGAGACCACAAUCACGUGUCCUGCCCGGAAGUACUGAAGUACAGAUCUAACAAUUUAUUGAGAGAUGGCAAUGUGAAAAGGAAUGGUUCUAUCUGGAACGAAUGGGAUGUUUAUAAAGGAGGACAAAGUCUACGCUCUGACACAACGUUUAGACGCACAGGAAGUGACGACAUUCCAGGACUGUAUAGUUUUGUGUACAACCCAUGCUCAAUGUAA